UUUUUCACAAAUUGUACUUUUAUCCUUUGAUAAGAGUGUAGAGUGAAACGUAAAUAUUUAAAACGACACCCCGAAUCUUAUAAAAAUGAGUAACAACGGAGGCAAACAACUGGAUUCUGAUCCACCUGAAUUGCGAAUUCUCUGCUUCAAUCUGACGUACUACAAUCGCACCACACAAUUCCUUCUAAGUUGUGCCGGUGUUUUUGUGCUCUACCUUAUUUACGGGUACCUGCAGGAACUUAUUUUCACUGUCGAAGGAUUUAAGCCAUACGGCUGGUUCCUCACUCUAGUGCAAUUCGGUUAUUAUAUAUGCUUCGGUGUGAUUGAACGCGAUUUAGAGGCAAGACGUAGAGAUAAGUUGCUGCCUGGCGGCAGCGUGGACACUUCUCAGCGUUGCAUACCGAUGCGUACGUAUUUUCUACUUGCUGCGCUAACACUUGGCACUAUGGGAUUGUCUAAUUCCAGUCUAGGUUACCUUAACUAUCCUACGCAAGUGAUUUUCAAGUGUUGCAAGUUGAUUCCUGUGUUAAUUGGCAGUAUUUUAAUACAAGGGAAACGUUAUGGACCACUAGACUUUGCAGCGGCAAUUGCUAUGUGCAUUGGUUUAGCUUGGUUUACGCUCGCUGACUCGCAAGUAUCGCCGAAUUUUAAUGUUACAGGAGUGGCUAUGAUAUCAACAGCUUUGUUGUGCGAUGCAGCUAUUGGCAAUGUACAGGAAAAAGCAAUGCGCGAAUAUCGCGCACCAAGCAGUGAGGUUGUGCUCUACUCUUAUGGACUGGGUUUUAUUUAUCUGCUGGUUAUAUUGAUGUUGACGGGAAACUUUUUCAGCGGUUUUGCGUUCUGCCUGGAGCAUACUCUGGAAACAUUCGGCUAUGGCUUCUUUUUUAGCUUAUCUGGUUACUUGGGCAUACAAUUCGUGUUGGCUUUAGUGCGUAGCAGUGGUGCACCAGUGGCGGCUACGGUGACAACAGCAAGAAAGGCAGUAACGAUUGCUUUAUCGUUUGUUUUCUUUAGCAAACCGUUUACAUGGCAAUAUCUAUGGUCAGGUUUAAUAGUUGUGCUAGGCAUAUAUUUAAAUGUUUAUAGUAAAAAAACAAAGAUGACUAUGCGAGACUUUGAACACAAGUUGAAGUACGCACUUAACGCCUUCCGUAUUUGGGAAAGAUCGACCAGUCGCAAAUUCUUGGUGGAAGUUUGAAUAUGUCGUACGGUUUUCUCAUAUACAUACAUACGUCUGUACAUAAAUACUUGGCAAAUGUGUCAAGUUUAAGUAUGUUUUAACUACUUCGAUACCAAAUUUAGUGUAGAUAUAUGUAAUAAGAAAUUAGAUUUGGAAUCAAUAGCUCGUUAGACAUAUUCUUUGUAUCUGUGUAACUUAAAC